AUGAAGAAAUUCUCAACGUUUGGUCUCUUCCCCUUGCUCAUUCUUGCAUCUGCAACUUUGGCGAUCCGAGUAAAGUGGGACCGGCAGCCCAACAGCUGCAAAGGUCCGGGCGUGCCCGCAAACGAUGACGACGCUCAUUCAAAGUGGGAUAAAUGCUGUGACAAGCAUGUUUCCAAUGCGAUCAAGCAGUGGGAAAAUGACGGAGGACAGACAGCUACCGCGUAUUGCUUCAACUCGCAGCAGCUUGAUCCCGAAGGAUAUCCCAUAAGCUAUGGCCCAAUCUGCGCAAAGGAAUUGUGCUGGGUCGAGAUCUGA